UUUAAACUCCUUAAUCAGCUGUGUGUACCUUUUGCUUGUUACAUUCCUGUUGACCCAGAUGGUGACGAAGACGACCUUAUUUCCAGGCCCUCCGUUCUUGCCGAGGUGAUAUUAACGAUAAUAUCAGAAUGUAAGUAAAACGUAAUGGAUGAGGAGAAGACAAAACAGAUACGACCGAGUCAUCGUCUAGAACUGCGAGUCAAAGGUCUGGUCAACAACAUCAGAGAGGGGCCUUACAUCACACACAACUACCUAGCAAGUCACGUCAGGUUUCUGAAGAAAGUGAAUGAAGAGGAAAGUCACAAUGUAUACCGGGUGCUGCCCUUUGGGGGGUCAUUCAAUUCUCGGGGGGAUGUCGUAGCCCUCCUGGUGUGGUACUUUAUGCUGAUCUACGCAAUAACCGCUAUACCUCUUGCCUGUUACUGUGAGGACCUUUCUAUCAACAUUUGUAACAUCAUCAUUCUUGCCACAAUGGUUGUAUAUCAUCUUACAGCUAUCCGUCUCAUCUUUUCCAAUGUCAAGAAACUCAAAGCCAUGUGGUGCACAACACUAACAACAGCAGAAAAAUAUCUUGGACUGCAAAAUUACUUCAUAGAUGUAACAACUGAUAAUGCUAAAGAAAUACACUGUGUAGCCACUAAACAGAGACAGAAGAUCAUACAGAAAAUGACAAACAAAAAUAGUAAGCAGGUGGUGGUCAUGUUGAUGACAUCUUCAUACCUGCGCAGUCGCCUGAGGGACCCCGUGAUAUGUCUGUCUGUGAUGGCUAUCUUUUGUCUGAUCGGCCUGGUUGUCCAGCUGGAGACUCUGCGGGUGGUGGCUCACAAUCAUGCAUGACGUUGCGAUGUAUGGAGACGUACUGACUGUGAUAUCUCUGUGUCCCUUCUCCACGGUUGACCCUAAGACCUUGGCGCCAGGGAAUUUCUCCGCCCAUAAUGACGUAAUCCCCUGGUUAUUCUGGUAUCCACCCUCAACCCACUGUUAGGGGAGGAAUGCCAGACCCCCAUCUACUUUUUUAAAGUCCCCUAUUAUUUCAAUUCUUAGAGACAACCCUGCUUCUCAUACACAUUUACGAAUAGAAAUCCUUAAUCCUGGUGCUACUUAUCACUGACACUGUAUACAGUUACAUUGCAAUAGCAAUAGUUCUAUUUUAUGAAAAAAAAUUGUUUGUAUACCAGUGCAUAUAUUAUAUAUAAAGAUUGGCAUUGUUGACAGCUUAUAAAGCUUUAUAAAUAUUUUACUUGUUAUAAUUCAUCUUCUAAAAAACUAAAAUAAUAUACUGUGA